AUGCCCAAGAUCAACGUUAAUGUCAAGUGGAGCGGAAAGAAAUUUGAUAGUAUUGAAUUAGACACUGACGAAUCACCUGAACUAUUUAAGACACAAAUCUACUCUCAAACAGGUGUUCCUCCUGAAAGACAGAAAAUCAUGGACACGACAGAUUUAAACCAGCUUGGUUUAAAGGAUGGACAUACUUUCAUGAUGAUGGGUACUGCGGGAGAACUUCCCAAGCCUCCACCAAAACCUGUCCAGUUCUUGGAAGAUAUGACUGACGCUGAAGUCAUGGAAGCUUUGGAUAUUCCACCUGGUUUAGAAAACCUUGGUAAUACUUGUUAUAUGAAUGCUACAUUGCAAUGUCUUCGUGUGAUGCCUGAGCUUCAGCAAUCAUUAGAAAAGUAUCAAGGGGGACUAAGUGGUGUAGAUAAUCGUGGAAACCUUGUAGCAAGUCUUCGUGAUCUCUUCACGAACCUUUCAAAGGCUUCAGAUGGAUUUCCUCCACUUGUCUUUUGGCAAAUGCUGCGCCAGGCAUUUCCUCAGUUUAGUCAAACAGGACAAGGUGGUAUUCCUAUGCAGCAAGACGCGGAAGAAUGUUGGAGUGAAAUUAUCUCAGUCUUGAGAGCCAAGCUGCCCAAGCAAGAGGAGGAUAAGAACUUUAUUGAACGCUAUAUGACAGGAGAGCUAAAGACGGUAACAAAGUGUGCAGAAUCAUCCGAAGAAGAGGAAACGGUGAGUACAGAUGCUUUUAACAAGUUAAGCUGCCAUAUCUCUAUCAAUACAAACUAUAUGAUCAGUGGUAUCAUGGAGUCCAUGACUGAAGAGAUCGAAAAGCAUUCUCCUACUUUAAAUCGCACAGCCAAGUACCAGCGUAGGUCUCUUGUCAGUAGACUUCCUCAGUAUCUGCCUGUGCAGUUUAUUCGUUUCUUUUGGAAACCACAAGAACAGGUUAGAGCCAAGAUUUUACGAAAGGUCAAAUUUCCUUUGGAGUUUGAUGCAACAGAACUGUGUACUCCUGAACUACAAAACAAGUUUAGUAAGGCCAAGUUGAAGAUGAAGGAAGUAGAAGAUAAAAAGAUUCAAAAACAAAGAGAAGAAAAACGUAGAAAGUUAGAUGGAGAGGAUGGUCCAUCUAGCAUGGAUGUUUCUACAGAAGAAGAAAAAGUUGACUGGAAGGAAUACUUGGACCCUGAUCUCGUAAAGGAUGUGGGAUGUAAUCCAACAGGACAAUAUGAACUCUGUGCUGUCUUGACACACGUUGGUAGAUCAGCCGAUAGUGGACAUUAUAUCGCAUGGGUGAAAAAAGAUACCAAUGAAUGGUAUAAAUUUGAUGACGAUAAAGUAUCCGUCUUACAAGAUGCAGAGAUUGAACGCCUUGAUGGAGGAGGAGACUGGCAUACUGCAUACAUUGUUUUAUAUAGAGCUAAAAAGCUUGAAUAA